AUGAUUCAAUUAUGGUCUCGUAUACAAUCACUUCUUUUUUACGUCAUCAAACAUCUGAUCCAUGCGGAUUUCCAUGAAAGUUUUCAAAGGAUGACACCCACUGACAAGCUUCUCUUCAUGAUAAUUCAUAGUGUAGAUAGGUCAGGAAUGGAGUGGCACCGUUUACCUGUGUUCAUGGGUCUGACAUACUUAGCUACACGUCGGCAUCUACAUAAUGCAUACAAUUUGAUUAAAGUCGGGAAAAACUCUGUACGAGUUGGGUAUGAUCCUGCUGACUUUCCCUACAGGACACCUGAUGGAAGAUUUAAUGAUCCUUCCGAUGAAACUGCAGGAAGUAUACAAACUUUCUUUGGCCGAAACACAUUCCCAAUUGAUGGAAGAAAAAAGCUAAUGAAACCAAAUCCUAUGGUGGUAGCAACAAAACUUCUGGCACGUAAACAAUUCAUAGACACCGGAAAACAAUUCAACUUGAUUGCAGCUUCAUGGAUUCAGUUCAUGAUACAUGACUGGAUGGAUCAUCUUGAGUCAGCAGAACAGGUUGAGAUGAAGGCACCUGCAGUAGUGGCCUAUCAAUGCCCUCUCAAAUGUUUCAAGUAUUACAAGACUAGAAAAGUUAAUACUGGUUUGCAGGACAUCAAGAAAGGUCAUCUUAACAUUCGAACUUCUUGGUGGGAUGGGAGCUCGAUAUAUGGAAGCAACUCUGCUCAAUUGCACCAGGUGAGAACGUAUAGAGAAGGAAAGCUUAAAAUCACAAUUGACGGUCUUCUCCAGCAUCAAGAUAAUGGACUGCCAAUAGCAGGUGAUAUUCGUAACAGUUGGAUAGGUGUGUCAGCCUUACAAGCCCUUUUCAUCCUAGAGCAUAAUGCCAUUUGCGAUUCCUUAAAGGUAGAAUACCCUGAUCUGGACGAUGAGAAUCUAUAUCGUCAUGCACGACUAGUAACAUCCGCUGUUAUGGCUAAGAUACACACUAUAGAUUGGACUGUUCAACUGCUUAAAACCGACACCCUUCUUGCUGGAAUGAGAGCCAACUGGUAUGGUUUGUUUGGAAAAGGAAUCAAAGACAGAUAUGGGCACGUUGGAGGCCCGUAUUGGGGUGGUCUUGUAGGCUUAAAGGAACCCAAUAAUCAUGGGGUUCCCUACUCAUUAACAGAAGACUUUGUGAGUGUUUACAGAAUGCAUUCUCUUGCACCUGAUCAACUACUCAUCAGGGAUAUUAACUCAGUGCCCGGGCCUAAUAAAUCUCCAAAAUUGAGCCAUAAGAUUAACAUGGUAAAUCUAAUUGGGGUAAGAGGAGAGGAGAAAUUAUCGGAAAUUGGAUUUACAACACUAAUGGUGUCAAUGGGACAUCAACCAUCCGGGGCACUAGAACUAUGGAACUAUCCAAUGUGGCUUAGGGAUGUUGUGCCUCACAAUGUCGAUGGAACAGACCGUUCUGAUCGUGUCGAUUUGGCUUCACUCGAAAUUUACAGGGAUAGGGAGAGAAAUGUCCCAAGAUACAAUGAGUUUCGUCGAUCACUUUUCUUGAUCCCGAUAUCCAAGUGGAGUGAUCUUACAGACAAGAAAGAAGCCAUUGACACAUUGCAAGAAGUGUAUGGAGAUGAUGUCGAACAACUCGAUUUAAUGGUAGGAAUGUUGGCCGAGAAGAAGAUUAAAGGGUUUGCUAUCUCUGAGACCGCGUUUGAAAUAUUCCUUCUCAUGGCGUCAAGGAGACUCGAAGCAGAUAGAUUUUUUACCAGCGAUUUUAAUGAAAAAGUGUACACACAAAAAGGGUUAAAUUGGGUAAACACGACAGAGAGCUUAAAAGAUGUACUCGAUCGACAUUACCCAGAGAUGACGUAUCAAUGGAUGAACUCGAGUAGUGCCUUUACAGUAUGGGAUGCUCCACCAGAUUCUAACAAUCCCAUACCAGUUUAUCUUCGGAUCCCUUGUUGA